AUGCCGCAGCUGGACUCCGGCGGGGGCGGCGCGGGCGGGGGCGACGACCUAGGCGCGCCCGACGAGCUGCUGGCCUUCCAGGACGAGGGCGAGGAGCAGGACGACAAGAGCCGCGACAGCGCCGCGGGCCCGGAGCGCGACCUGGCCGAGCUCAAGUCGUCGCUGGUCAAUGAGUCCGAGGGCGCGGCGGGCGGCGCGGAGGUCCCGGGGGCCGGCGCCGGGGCCCGCGGCGAGGCGGAGGCGCUCGAACGGGAGCACACUUCGCAGAGACUUUUCCCCGACAAACUUCCAGAGUCUCUGGAGGACGGCCUGAAGGCCCCAGAGUGCGCCAGCGGCAUGUACAAAGACACCGUCUACUCCGCCUUCAAUCUGCUCAUGCACUACCCGCCCCACUCGGGAGCAGGGCAGCACCCCCAGCCGCAGCCCCCGCUGCACAACAAGGCCAGCCAGCCAGCUCACAGCGUCCCACAACUCUCUCCUCUCUAUGAACAUUUCAGCAGCCCCCACCCUACACCUGCACCAGCCGACAUCAGCCAGAAACAAGUUCACAGGCCUCUGCAGACCCCUGACCUCUCUGGCUUCUACUCUCUGACCUCAGGCAGCAUGGGACAACUCCCCCACACUGUGAGCUGGUUCACCCACCCACCCCUGAUGCUAGGCUCUGGUGUGCCUGGCCACCCCGCAGCCAUCCCCCACCCGGCCAUCAUACCUCCCUCAGCGAAGCAGGAGCUGCAGCCGUAUGACCGCAGCCUGAAGACGCAGGCAGAAUCCAAGGUGGAGAAGGAGGCCAAGAAGCCAACCAUCAAGAAGCCCCUCAACGCCUUCAUGCUGUACAUGAAGGAGAUGAGAGCCAAGGUCAUCGCAGAGUGCACACUCAAGGAGAGCGCGGCCAUCAACCAGAUCCUGGGCCGAAGGUGGCACGCGCUGUCUCGGGAAGAGCAAGCCAAGUAUUAUGAGCUGGCCCGAAAGGAGAGGCAGCUGCACAUGCAGCUGUACCCAGGCUGGUCAGCGCGGGACAAUUAUGGGAAGAAGAAAAGGCGGUCACGGGAGAAGCACCAGGAAUCCAACACAGGAGGAAAAAGAAAUGCAUUCGGUACUUACCCGGAGAAGGCCGCUGCCCCAGCCCCGUUCCUUCCGAUGACAGUGCUCUAGGCUGCCCCGGGUCCCCAGCCCCCCAGGACUCGCCCUCAUACCUCCUGCUGCCCCACCUCCCCACAGAACUGCUUGCUAGUCCUGCGGAGCCGGCGCCUACAUCACCAGGGCUCUCAGCCGCGCUCAGCCUCCCAGCCCCCUGGACGCCCCCAGGCCCUCCCCGGCACCCUGCAGAGUACACAGGUGCAGUGACGGGAAUCUCAGAGACAGGCAGCCCAGCAGGCACAGGACACCUGGCCGCCUCCAGGGGCCCAUCCUCUGAGAGGAAGCGACAGAGCCCCAAAGCACGUGGAAACUGGCCAGGGGCCCUGUUACCUCCCCCUCAGGGACCAGGCUCAGGAGACUUCCGAGGCUGCACAACUUCUGCCUGAACCCGGGGCCAUCAAUUCCAACUGCCCCAAGUGGUGGGAAUCAGAUCGGUGCUGUGUCGUCUGACUAGGGGCACCACUUGUGCCCGCAGCAGCCUGCAUCUAUUCCUUCAAUCACCUGUCUUGCUGGCCAGAUGCCCCCUGCCGCCCCUGCUUUCCUGCCGUAGGUCACAGACGGGCGGGACUGAGCCCAGCUGCUUUCCGUGCCCCACGCCUCCCCAGUCCCACCACCGCCAUACCCUCCCCAUACCAGACACCCCGCGGACCAAGAGUGAGCUGGCUU